AUGGCGACAUUGUUUGGUCAUAUGAAUUACUGGAAAAUACCGGCAAACAUUGCUGUAGAGACGGUUAGAAAAGCAAUAACAGGAGCAUCAACUGGUCAAGCAAUAUUUUUUAGCAUUGCUUAUUUGCUUGUUGCAAUAACCUCUUUAUUAGGGAACGCACUUGUUGUCGCGGCUGUAUGGAAGGAUCCAUUAAAAACACUACGAUCUUCUCCUUCAAACUUCAUAAUUCUAACGUUGGCACUUGCUGACUUUUUAGUAGGACUCGUGCUGGCUCCUGCCGCCACCUUUUUCUAUAUUCGCUUGGCAAUGAACGCAGAUCCAUGGAAUUUCCUCAUCGAAAUUCUCUUAUUUUGCCAUUUUGUCCAGUUAAGUGCGUCUGUCUAUCACACCUUGCUGUUAACCGUGGACAGGUUUUUCGCCUUGGCAAGACCUUUAAAGUAUAGACAAAUAGUUACAAAAAGACGAGUGGCAGUUUGCACAUUUGCGAUAUGGAUCUUUGGCUUUUACUUCGCCUCUUUGUCGUGGAUACUACAAGAACAUUUUUUUGUACUUUGGUUCAUGUACGUACUAGUCAUUUUGCUUUCUUGGGAGUUUACUUGUUGUUUGUACUUUAUAACUUUAAGGCAUCUUUAUAAACAUCACAAGAACAGAAUCAUGGAUGAAAACUCUCAGACAAACCAGGUUUUACUUCGAAAAAGAGAGACAAAGGUUUUCGUCGUUAUCUUUUCAAUCAUUAUUGCAUUAGAUUUUUGUUAUACUCCGUGGAUUACUACUCAGUUGCUAUUUUUUUUCUGCCAGCCCUGUCAUGAAAAUUAUCAACUGUGGGUUAUCUUUUAUCAUGUUACAACGCUUCUUUUGUCUUUAAAUGCAGCUCUAAAUCCUUUAAUAUACGCUUUUAGAUUUUCCAAAUUUAAAGCCACCUUCAAAUUUUUUCUAUCCAAAUGUUGUAUUAAAAAAAUGCUAGGAAGAAGACCAACAUUUCAGAUCUCCGAAGAAAGGCAAACAUACAACACAAAGUUGUGA